AUGGGCCAUGCGGUUGGAGAAGCCACUCGCCGCUCAGUCGAGCCAGUGCGCAGAGUGACGGCACGUCCGGGCUCGUCGCCAGUUGCUGCCUCCAGCUGGGAGCAUGUAGAGGCAGUCCUCGCGGAGGAUGCAGAAGUGGUGUCGUCGCUCGUCCUGGAGCCGGAUUCAACAUUCCGUGCCCAGGUCUUCAGACGCUCUGGUGAGGAAGCGAAACUGAAGCCACUGGAACCGGAACAACCCGCUUUGGGGCCUGAGAGGCAGGCAUUUGGAUGCUGGAGGCCCUGCGGUAAAGGUGUGGAGCUCGUCCUCGCAGAGGAGGUGGAUCUUGGUUUGGAAGAGCUGGUGAUCCUAUAUCGUCACAGGAGAGGCUGCCUGAUGGCUGAGGAAACUUCUCUCCCCGACGGCCUUGCGCAGGAAUAUUCCAGGUGUGCACCAGAGUCGGAGGUGGCCGCCUUGAAUUCGGUACCAGAGGCAUGUUGCAGCCCUCGCAGUGAAGUGUACGAGGAUGAUUUCGAGGAUGACAGCGCCAGAGACCAAAAGAUAUCAACUGUGUGCCGAGUGGCAUCAGUCUUUGAGUUUUGUGCUUAUGCAGGUCGGCCCAGACCCGCUCCACUGAAGACGGAGGAGGAGAAGUCCCUCCCAACCGUUGCAGAGGAGACAGAACUUGGGGAGCCAACCCCGACUUCCAAGGGCAGCACGGUAGGCAAAGCGAGGAACACCAAGUCUCCAGCUGCUGGUUCAGCCUCGGCAUCUGCGGACUCUCCGAUGAACGGCUCUGGUGCUUUGGAUGCCAGCUCGAGCCAGGUCAGUGCCUCCUGCAAUGAGAUGAGCAUUGGCAUGGACUACAGCGUAGAGCUCUCCACGGAAUUGGACGAGAAGUGCGAUUUCGUCGAGGUCGUGAGACCUGUCGCCAAGCGAGGUUUGGCAGGUUUGGGAGUUGCAGGCACCGUCGGCACCAUUGAGGAGGCUGCUGAGGAAGCGGAGGAGCCUCCAAGAAGCAGCGAGAAGUCGGAGACGUCGGGGCAGCCCAAAGAGCAAGUCCCACUUUCUCCGCUCGAAUCGGCACCGGAUGCGUUGGACGCCCUGAUGCCCAAAGGUGAGGCAAAGAAGCCCGAUGCAUUGGAUUCCUUGAUGUCCAAACCUGGCCCGAGCCCGGGCCCAGCUCCUGUGUUGGUCCCAUCGCCGAAGGCGAAGGAGGCCAAAUCCGAGAAGGAGGACGACGAAUAUGCAGAUGCUUCGUUUGAUGGGAGCAUGUCUGUGCCGGAAUCCAUUAACGAAGAGGCCAGUGGCAGCGAUGCCUGGGGCAGUGAGGAGGAUGUGUGA